CGCUUUAUAACCGCACUGCGCUGUGCGCCGCCCGUCUAGUGAGGAGUGGCUCGGAGCGCAGGCACUGCCUUUGGACUGUUCACGAACAUCGCUGGGUCACUUUUUGCACUAUUUCGCUGAGUUAUCACUGAUUUUUGGGGCGUGUUUUCAGAAAUCUUAAAUCGGUUCCAAAGAUGCUGCUCUUACUGCUGGGAAUCAUCCUCCUGCACCUCGCCGGACUGGUGCUGCUCUUUAUAUCCACCAUCGUCAGCGCCUGGGUCGUGAACCCCACCGGCAGUUCGGACCUGUGGUUGAACUGCUCCACGCCUAAUGGCGGCACUCACUGCAUCUCCGCCACUGCAGGAGAAUGGAUUCAAGCCGUUCAAGCCCUCAUGAUCCUCGCCAUCGUCUUCAGCUUCCUGUCCAUCUUCCUCUUCUUCUGCCAGCUAUUCACCCUGCAGAAGGGUGGGCGUUUCUUCCUCACAGGAAUUUUCCAGAUCCUGGCCAGCCUGUUUGUCAUGAGCGGGGCCACCAUCUACACGGUGAGGAGCUCGGACUGGGUCCACAAGAACGACUCGUUCGGCUUCGCGUACAUCCUGGCUUGGGUGGCGUUUCCUCUGGCCUUGGUCAGCGGCCUGAUCUACGUGGUGCUGAGGAAGCGGGAAUAAGGCGGCGGGGGACUCGACCCCACACCCUACUGCUCCCAUAGACGGAUCCCACACUAUCCACAGGCGCGGGGGUGGGAAGCACGAGACAAAAAAACCAAAAAAAACAAACCACCGUAAAACAUUACAUACUGCUAUAAUUUGAAGAUGUAUAUAGUAUCUAUGGUUUAAAACCUAUUUAUAACACUUUUUACAAACAUGUACAUAGGACUGUUGUUUUGCUUUGUUGGCAAAGGAUCCAUUAUAAGCUUUCUUUAGCCUUAAUUAAGUGCCUAAAAUGUUACAAUGAAUUAACCAGCCUUGGUUGUUUUUGUUUUUUUUCCUAUUUUCUCUAAACUACCAAAAAAAAAGUAUUUUAACCACAGCAUGUAUAAACUACAAAUCUAGUUUUAUGAGAACGGCGUAAUAUGCAUUUGCUCGACUAACGUGUGAGAGGAGGCUAGCCGCUUGUUUCCUGUGUAUGUGAUACGGCGAAUUAUUUUACAUUUUUUCUUUCAAAAGAUGGUGCUAUCUCAUUUACCAUUCCCAAUAUGGAGUGUCGUAAGAGUAGAAGUAACGCGAUUUACACCAUGAAGGAAAUGACCAUUGACAGGAGCUGACCUCAGUGAAAAGUUGUUCAUAACCGCUUUUGUACAUAAAUGAUUCUACUAAAGCUUCUUUAAGUUCUUUUUUUAAUAAAAGCAUUUAAAAUGUCAACCUGAUGUGUAAGUUAAACUAGGCAUCCAAAUAAGGAGACGGCGUUUUAGUUACUUCUAUUCUUUUUUUUUUAAAUUUCCAUUAAAAAAAAAAAACAGAUCAGCAAAUAUAUCCGAGUAAUUGUGGAUUUCUAUGUCAGCAUUAAUCAAAUUGCAAUUUUCGUUGACUCCGCCUUCAUUUUUAAAGUAGAAUUUAUAAAACUAGCUAAGAAGUAUGUAUGUAUGUAGGAUGGGAGGGGGUACAAUUUUGCCGUUUUAUUAUAGCGGUUUCCCCUUCCUCUCCUGUAAAGAUCACGUUUUCAUUUAUUUCCUAUGUUCAGAAGCUGCCCUGUAUGCUACUUGUUUACCAAGGAAUGGAGAGAUAUGUGUGUGUGUAUUUACAUUUUAUCUGCCUCUGAUAAGAGCAGGUAGUUUAAAAACGCCAAUACACUGAAAAAUACGGUUUUAGUGUUAAAAUGACGCUUAAAGUCUUCAGUAUUCAGAUUAAAGUAGGGUAGCUAAACAAAAUUAUUUUAAAAUUAUUAUUACUGAUGCAGAUUUUGAAUCCUGCAAUAACUUACUCACCGCCAUCCUUUAUGGGCUGCCCGUUUAACCAGGGGCUGCUUCGGAUUGUCUGCCCUGCCACGAACGGGCGUGUUUAUCUGACCUGUAAAGUCAGAUCCGGUUAAAUUGGCGGAAAGUCCUGCUGUUUGGCGAGCUUUGAGGAAUCAUGCCGCGCGUUUGCAUUAACUCCGUGCUAUUAAAGUUGCUGCAUAAUGUAAUUUGUGCUUCCCUGUAUGCACUGAGUGCCGAUCGUCAGCCUUGUUUUUCUGGUUGCAUGAGUGUGUUUGAUCUGCACGGGUUCCGCCAUCGGACGUUCCCGUUCCUGUUCCUGUUCGUUAUAUGCAUAUCAGCGCGUCUCCCGGGUGCAGGCAAGACGCAGAAAGCAGACGAAACGCCGACAAGCUGUGUCCACGGUACCUGACGCCUGGUUAGCUUGUCCCGGUAUCUGUGACGCACUUUCUUGGCCACUGACAGCCAGAAAUAUAGAUAUGGUUCACCCGAAGAGGUCUGUCAGGCCGCUGAAUGGCAGUUCCAGUUUGCCAGGCCUGGCUGGCCGCCCGCCCGGACUGCGCAUAACAAGGAAUAACCUGUAGGGGAAAAAAAACGCAACGGGAAAGUGAAUCCCGGUUCGGAUGUGGGACUGGAGCAAGCCGGUUCCCCAGUCCUGUGGUUUGAACCCACAGUUAACAUGCAAUUCGCGGCUCACUCUUACAUCAUUAGAGCGGGAUCCUGGGAAUAAUCUGGCUCCAAAAUCCCUGGGGUUUGGACCGGGCGGGGAGCAAAUGCAGCACAGUAACAUUUCUCAGGAUCCUGCUUUAAAGGACCAUGUAACCAUAGCGAUGCCAAAUCUGUCGUAAUGUCAGAAGGGGAUCAAAUCCCUGAUGAAGACUUUGUACCUCUUCCUCUCCAAAGAUACAAAAUUUGGUGGAAUCCACGGAUUUUUGUGAACUAACAAUAAAAAAAACUGUUGUUAAUCA